AUGGCGGGGCUGCUCGCUGUCAAACUGCAGCACGCUGACCAGUCUGUUGUUUUGGACCAGGUGAAGGGCGAGGAAGAGGAGGAGAACAUCUUGGAAGUGAGAGAGACUAAAGUUAAAGGUAAAAGUGGGAAAUUCUUCUCCGUGAAGCUGCCAUCCCCUUUGGCGCCAGGAGCCAAGGUCCGUGUGUCUGUCGAGAUGGUUUUCACGCACGUCCUGCAGCCAUAUCCCACCCACAUUACCCAGAGCGAGAAGCAGUUUGUGGUCUUUGAGGGAAAUCACUACUUCUACUCACCAUACUUAACCAAGACCCAAACAACACGGGUCAAACUGGCCUCCAGGAACGUGGAAAGCUACACCAAGCUGGGAAACCCUUCCCGCACGGAAGACAUGAUUGAAUAUGGCCCCUUCAAGGACAUCCCUCCCUAUAGCCAGGACACCCUGAAGGUGCACUAUGAAAAUAACAGCCCAUUCCUGACCAUCACCAGGAUGACCCGAGUCAUCGAGGUUUCUCACUGGGGGAACAUUGCGGUUGAAGAGACGGUUGAUUUAAAGCACACGGGAGCGGUGCUGAAAGGGCCGUUCUCCAGAUACGACUACCAGCGACAGCCAGACAGCGGCAUCUCUUCUGUCAAGUCCUUUAAGACCAUUCUGCCCGCUGCUGCCCAGGACGUGUAUUACCGAGAUGAAAUUGGAAACAUCUCCACCAGCCACCUCCUCGUCCUGGAUGACUCUGUGGAGAUGGAGAUCCGGCCCCGCUUCCCGCUCUUCGGGGGAUGGAAGACUCAUUACAUCAUCGGCUACAACCUGCCAAGCUAUGAAUAUCUCUACAACCUUGGUGACCAGUAUGCCCUGAAGAUGAGAUUUGUAGACCAUGUUUUUGAUGAGCAAGUUACAGACUCUCUGACUGUCAAGAUCAUCUUGCCAGAAGGUGCCAAGAAUAUCCAUGUGGACAGCCCCUAUGAGAUCAAUCGUGCUUCGGAUGAGCUCCACUACACAUAUCUGGACACUUUUGGACGUCCAGUUAUUGUGGCCCACAAGAGCAACCUGGUGGAGCAGCACAUUCAGGACAUCGUAGUUCAUUACACCUUCAACAAAAUCCUGAUGCUGCAGGAGCCUUUGCUGGUGGUUGGAGCCUUUUAUAUCCUGUUCUUCACUGUGAUUGUCUACGUGCGGCUGGACUUCUCCAUCACUAAGGAUCCAGCUGCUGAAGCUAGGAUGAAGGUUGCCUGUAUCACAGAGCAAGUUCUUACUUUGGUAAACAAGAGACUCGGGCUCUAUCGUCACUUUGAUGAAGCGGUGAAUAAGUACAAGCAGUCACGGGACAUCUCCACCCUGAACAGCGGCAAAAAGGCUUUGGAGACAGAGCACAAGGCCCUGACAAGUGAAAUAGCCUCUCUGCAGUCUAAGCUGAAGACAGAAGGCUCUGAUUUAUGCGAUAAAGUAAGUGAGAUUCAGAAGCUGGACGGCCAAGUCAAGGAGCUGGUGCUGAAGUCCUCCGUCGAGGCGGAGCGGCUGGUCGCAGGCAAGCUCAAGAAGGACACGUACAUUGAGAACGAGAAGACGCAUUCCAACAAGCGCCAGGAGCUGGUCACCAAAAUCGACAACAUUCUUGAUGCUUUGUAACGCGGUGGGUCAGUAACUGGGAGAAGGGGAGGGGUGCAAAGAGAGAUCAGAGGCCUGGGAGUGAACACACGUUGAGCCAAAAGUAGUAAUGCUCCUUCCCCACAAAACUGGGGAAAAAUUUCAU